GCGACGCAGCUUCGAGGUGACCGGGGAGAGCGUGCGUGCGCGCAUAUUCGGAAUUGAUCGGAGGGAAUUGUUCGGCGAAUGUAACUAUAACUGAGUGCUAUCUUCCACCACAGCUUUUGUCCGUGUCUUUGUGUUUCUCCCUUUCUCUCUCUCUCUCUUUCCUUCUCUCCCUCCCGUUCUCUCCAUCUCUAUUUUUGAAGAGUGUGAUGGAGCAGUCGACAGGUGAUCGCAAGCUACCCGUGGCCAACAACUUCAUGGACCCGGAGCGAGAGCGAGAGCGGGAGCGGGAUCGGGAGCACGAUCGGGACAGCGAGGCCAAGAGGCUGUACUUCGCCGAUGGCAAGCGGAAGGUGGACUUUGUGCUGGUGUACAAUUACCGGAGGCGAGCGUCCAGCAGGGGAUCGCUAGGGCAACACAGGCUGUCAAUCAUCUCCAAUGGCAGCUUCCCCGCAGUGGGGCUGGGGGUGAAGGAUGUAGAGGAAGCAGGGGGGGGAGGAGGAGGAGGAGGAGGUGGAGGAGGAGGUGGAGGAGGCAAGGCUGACCAUGAGGAGGUGAUGGUGGACGUCGACCCAGCUGACCCAGCCGAGGGGGAGAAGAAGAUGGUCCGCGAGGAGUUUGAGGCCAGCCUCGUCGAAGCUGGCCUGGAGAUCGAACGAGACAAAGAGCACAAGCUCCACGGCCACGCGUUCGUCCGCCUGCACGCGCCCUGGGCAGUGCUCAGCCGGGAAGCCGAGUUCCUGAAGAUUAAGGUGCCCACGAAAAAGAGUUAUGAUCUGAAGGAGGAGAAGGGCUUUGCGGGCACCAUGAGUGCGGUGUGGAGGAAGCUGAACCAGCCCUUCCAGCCAAACCUCCCUCACCUGCAGGACCUCAGCCGCACCAAGUUCCUCUCCCACUGCUUCUCCCGAGACAAGCUGCACCUGUACAACAUCAAAUCCAAGGACACCUUCUUUGACAACGCCACAAGGAGUCGAAUUGUGCAUGAGAUCCUUCGACGCACAGCCUGCACACGGACUUGUCAGAGCAUGGGCAUCACCACACUGAUAGCUAAAGGGGUCUAUGAGGCAGCUUUCCCUCUCCAUGACGGCGACUGCAAAGGUCCAGCCAAGGGUGAGGAGAGGAACGACAGACAGAUAUUACAUGAUGAAUGGGCCAGAUAUGGAGCUUUCUACAAGUACCAGCCUGUAGACUACAUCAGGAAGUACUUUGGAGAGAAGAUCGGUCUGUACUUUGCCUGGUUGGGUGUCUACACCCAGCUGCUUAUUCCCGCCUCCAUAGUGGGCAUCACCGUGUUCUUCUACGGCUGUGCCACAGUCGACACCAACGUGCCCAGUUUGGAGAUGUGUGACGACAGGCAGAACUUCACCAUGUGCCCGCUGUGUGAUGGCGCCUGCGACUACUGGCACCUGAGCACCGCCUGUGGCACGGCCCGCGCCAGCUACCUCUUCGACAACCCCGCCACCGUCUUCUUCUCCAUCUUCAUGUCCCUCUGGGUGGUCACGUUUCUGGAACAGUGGAAGCGCAGACAGAUCAGCCUGAACCACAGCUGGGACCUGACUGGCAUGGAAGAGGAGGAGGAGCACCCAAGGCCCAAAUACGAAACCGUCCUUCUCCAGAAGAGGCAGCGGCAGAGGAAGAAGAAGAUGAAAAAGAAGAACAAAAAUGAGCCAGGUGAGGAGAAGCUGACGUGGAAGGACCGGUUCCCAGGAUACUUCAUCAACAUCUCCUCCAUCCUCCUCAUGUUUGGGGUGACGUUCUCGGCCGUGUUCGGCGUGAUCAUCUACCGGAUCACCAUGUCGGCCCUGAUGGCCAUGAGCCCUGACCCCGGCACCAAGUCCAACGUCCGGGUCACCGUCACGGCCACGGCCGUCAUCAUCAACCUGGUGGUCAUCCUCAUCCUGGACGAGAUCUACGGCGCAGUCGCCGUCUGGCUGACCGAACUAGAGAUCCCUAAAACUGAGACGAAUUUUGAAGAACGACUCAUCCUGAAAGCUUUUCUGCUGAAGUUCAUGAAUGCAUAUGCGCCCAUCUUCUACGUGGCCUUUUUCAAGGGGAGGUUUGCAGGCAGGCCGGGGGACUACGUCUAUGUGUUUAAUGACUACCGUAUGGAGGAGUGUGCACCAGGUGGCUGUCUCAUUGAGUUAUGUAUCCAGCUCAGUAUCAUCAUGCUUGGGAAGCAGCUCAUUCAGAACAACAUCUUCGAGAUUGGCAUCCCGAAGUUAAAGAAGCUUUACAGAACCCUGAGGGAUAAGGACCGGGCCCCGGACGCAUCGGAGAACGAGGGUCCCCAAAGCAAGGGCCCCCAGCAGUGGAACCUGGACUACGAUCUAGAACCCUUUGAGGGCCUCACCCCAGAGUACAUGGAAAUGAUUAUCCAGUUUGGCUUUGUGUCCCUGUUCGUGGCCUCCUUCCCCCUGGCGCCCCUGUUCGCGCUGCUCAACAACGUCAUCGAGAUCCGCCUCGACGCCAAGAAGUUUGUGACCGAGCUAAGACGGCCAGUAGCCGUGCGGGCUAAAGACAUCGGAAUCUGGUUUAACAUCCUGAGUGGCAUGGGGAAGUUCUCUGUGAUAAUAAAUGCCUUUGUGAUCUCGUUCACGUCGGACUUCAUCCCCCGGCUGAUGUACCAGUACACGUACAGCGACACGGGCACGAUGCACGGCUUCAUCGACCACACCCUCUCCUACUUCAACGUCACCAACUUCAGGCCCGGCUCCUCGCCCCUCUCCACCCAGAACGAGCGCGAGAUCACCGUCUGCAGGUAUAAGGACUACAGGGAGCCUCCUUGGUCUAAUGAUGCCUACCAGUUCUCCAAACAGUACUGGUCCAUCCUGGCUGCCCGACUAGCCUUCGUCAUCCUGUUCCAGAACCUGGUGAUGUUCCUGGGCGUGCUGGUUGCCUGGGUGAUCCCGGACGUGCCCAAGGACAUCAGCGAGCAGCUGAAGAAGGAGAAGACGCUGCUGGUGGACGUCUUCAUGCGCGAGGAGAAGGAGAAGCUGCAGCUCAUCCAGAGCCUCUUCUCCAUGGAGGCCUCCGGCCACGGCCUCCCCCACGCCGCCCACACCCAGCUGGCCCAGCUGCCCCAGCUGCCCGCCGCCCUGCGGCAGCCUCCCCUCCCCGGCACGGGCCCCCCGCCGUUAGCCGCUACCGCUACCACGGGCGCCGCUACCGCUACCGCCACCACGGCUCUGCCCAGGCCCCGGGCACGGGCCGCCAGCUUCAGCCAGUUCACCCGGCAAGCGUCCACGUCGCCGCGCAACGAGGCGGCCAAGCACACGGCCGUGUGA